AUGGUCCGGACUGCAGUUCAUUGGUUCGACCCUUUAACCGUUUUGCAGCAGAGCCAAGUUCAAAUCUUGAGUUCAGAGAUGUUUCACUUCAUGCGUGAGAUCAUCCGAAGUCAACAGCAGUACCUAGCUCCUUUGACGGGCCUCGGCCCAUUUCCCGGCGAAGUCCUUUGCUCCGCGCAUCCAGCAGCUAGGUUCUCUCCGACGCAGCAGCAGGCCAGGCCCGCGAGCGCUUUCCUCGCAUUGCCACAGAGGCUCGAGGUCCUUGCCAAAAAUGCUCCCUCAGCCAGCACCAACCCACAGGUCAUGGACCAUGCUACUCCGCUACAGGCCGAGGUUGGCCGGGAGUUCUUGGAGAAACUUGCCUCUCAGGGCAAGAACAAGGCACCGGCGCCCGAAGCCGGCCCUAGCGACGCUCCUCCCGCCAAGCGCUCCCGGCAGGAAGUUGUUGGCGGAAAGAGGGUUUCCAAGAAGCAAUACCGGAGGCGGGAGAUGCCGGUUGCUUCCGGCGCUGCGCUCAAGAUCUCCAAGAGCACCACCGGCAUGAGGCUAGAAAGCUCUGAGGAAGCCGCGAGGACUUCCCCUCCUCCUCAACCAAGCCCGGUACCAUCUGGUGCCGGCAACUUUUCGGCCUCUCCUCUGGGAGGCACCACAAGUGCGGGGCGCGCGGCCCCGGAACCUUUAGAACACCGCGCGGAGGAGGACAUUAUCUCCCCUCCAGAAACUCAAGACACUGGUGCCAGCAACACCAACGCCGAUACUGAAGCUGCCGGGAGGGCAGAACCUCAGGUUCCUCCCGCCCCGAAGAAAAAGAAGAAGAGGACUCCUGCUUCCUCCCCCUCGAAGACCGUGCCGGAUUCUUCCGUCCCGGCAAGCUCCGCUCCGGCACAGGACGCGGCUGACGCUCUUGCUCCGCCCAAGACUGCGCCCGUGCCUCCAGCGACUGCUUCUACCGGCGAGCCAACCGCCGCCAAGCCAACACCGCCGCCAAGCCAAGGACCCGCUGGGGCCAAGCCUACACCUCCGGAGGGCACCAAGCUCUCCAAGCCAAAACCAGCCGCGGCUGCCACCGCAGCCAGCUCCUUCUCCUCCGGCCCGCAGUCCCUUGUACUGCAUGUCGGUCGUGCCGCUAUUGUGGCCGGGGAAACGGCUUCAGCUCAGCUGGGCCGGAUCACCGAGCUCACCCGCGGAGGAGCCGAGCUGGGGCAUCUCCUUGAUUACGCUGAGAAGUGGAAUCAAUCGGAUGAGUCCCCGGCGACGUGCGGCCUGGGGAAGCACAAGAUGCCGGUCAUUGAUCCCGCGGGCCCUCGAAGCACCGGGCAACAUUUUAGCCGACUGCGGCACGUGGUCAAGGAGUUAGACAACGCGUGGCACGACGCUACCAAUAAUGUGGUGGUAACAGCUGUUCCGGAAGCCUCCAUCGAGGCCCUCAAAGCUCAGCUCUCCACCCUUCAAGCUGAAAAGGAGCAGCUCAUCCUGUCACACCGCAAAGCUCUGGGCGCCCAGGAGGUUAUCUCCGCCCAGCUGAAGGAAAAGCUGGUGCAGACUGAGCUCCGGCAUGACCAGGAGAGGAAGGAGGCCAAAGCCGCAGCCGAGGCCAAGCUGGAUGAAACUCUAAAGGAGUGCGCUGAUUCCACCGCAGUGCUGCGGGCUGAGCUGGAUGAGGAGAGCGGGGCGCGGAAGGCGGCCCAAGACCGGAUCGCCCUCUUAGAGGCGGAGCAAAAGGAGUACGACCGGUUGGUUGUGCAAACCGACGCGCUCGCCCUCAGGCUCUUUCCGGAUUCGCAGGUGCACGCGCACAAGAAGGUGACGGAACGCAGGGCUGAACAAGAAAUGACGAACCCGAAUGCGCCCUGGGAUCCUUAUGAUCAUCUGGUCGCGCUUUCUGCCCGGGUCCAGCACAUGCGCGCGGUGGACCGGCAUCUUGUCGAUCUGCCCGAUGUGGCGAUCCAGCUCUUCAAAGUGCUAUGGCCUGGGGAGGAGAUGCCGGCCAACCUGACACUUACCUCCGAUCGCCUGAAAGGUGCCGGCCGGAGAAUCCCCGAGUGGCAGUGCUCAGCAGCCCGUGCCGGAGCAGAUGCGGCGCUACGCAUCGCCUGCUGCUGGUAUGAAGACUUGGACCUGGAGGUCUUCCACAGCUUGCGCCGCGACGCUCCCACCGAUAAGGACCCAGUCCUCACCGCGAAGCAGAAGGACCGCGCCUACCGGAUAGCGGAAAUGGAGUGUAUCCAGUAG